UUGAAGUGUGUGUGUGUGUGUGUGUGUGUGAGAGAAAGGAAGAAAGAAAGAGAGAGACAGAGAGAGAGAGAGAGCGAGAGCAGUUCUGCCACACAAUUCAUUAGACUUUGAAGAGAUGGUGUCAAAGCGCGAGGACACGGACGUUCAACAAUAGCUUUGUUAUUUCAAGGGGUUAUUUUAAGUUGUGAUGUAAAGCUCGGAUCUGUAAAUUCUGGGAUUUUUUAAAAGGGAGACGACGUCCGUUGGCCUUUUCUGUCCUGAAAUCCACUUUGUGUGUCAUUUGGUUAAAAUAUCACACCUCGAGUUUAAAGCCGGGCCACUACAUCUUCUGAAUGUGUUCCUGAUGUGGCAGAGGUGAGACUAGAGCAUCAUGUCGGAGCCUCCGGAGCCGAGCCAGGAGAUUGUGGAGUGGCUGUCCACCCUCCGCCUGUCCCAGUACACCCCAUAUUUCCAGAAAGGAGGCUAUCGCGCUCUGGAAGACUGCAAGGACCUCACCGACGAUCAGCUCCUGGGGCUCAAAGUGUUUCCAACGGGCCACCGUAGGCGCAUCCUCCGAAGUUUGGAAGCGCUGGGCGUGAGGGAGACGAGCGGCGGAGAGGAAGAUGACGACGAAGAGGGAGAGGUAACGAACGGGAUGCGCCGGAGGAAGCCUGUGCCGCACCCGAGACACAUCUUCAUGGAAUACAAAAAGAGCGGCACUACAUGUCGGCCUCAGCCAAAGGAGAGGGGGGAUCAUCAGUCGGAGGGCAGUAAGACUCUGCCUCCGGGGACCGGACUGGGAACAGAACUGGGGGCCGUCCAAGAGAGCGGAAACGUUCUCCUGCAUCAACCGGCCCCACGCAAUCCCCAGAACAUCCAAAGAUCCCUCCCAGAACACACCAGUGUCUCUGCCUCCUCCAGCAGCAGCAGCAGCAGUGAGUCCCUCUCCAUAUCUGAAAUUCCCUCAGACUGGGAGAUUUCCUCAGAAGAUCCCUCGCCGUCUAACGCCAACACUUUCCCGUGUCCAUCUGACGCCCCCCACCCAACGCUCACUGACGGCAAUUGGGGUUUCCAAGGAGACAUGGUGGACAACUCCAUCUAUGAGGCGGUGCCCCAUUUUAAGGUUCCCCUCGGCCCACCACUCACCCGCUCCUACCGACUGAGGCACCGGCCCGUCCCCAAAAUCCCCAAUCAGACCUCGCUGCCACUUCAGGACAGGAGCUCGCCGCCAGCGCAAACAACCGGCCCCGAACACCCAGCUGGCUCCGAAGGUCCCAUCGGUGCAAACGGCAUACAGAAAGCUCCACUUCAAAGAACCUUGACACCUAUAGCUCCCUAUGGAGAAUUGUUCCUGUACAACAACCCUGAAAGCACUCCGGACCACGGUGCUAAAGAAGAGCUACAGAGGGGCUUUAAGGACCAGAUGAAACAGAAGAAACAGAGAAAGAAGAUGCCUAAACGGAAGAAGUCCAAGGAAAAGGUUUCUCCCCCCCCCGCAACAACCCCGGACCCCCACCAAGACGAAUACUCAACGGUGGACGAGUGUAUCGGCAUUUUGCCGCGAGCCGGUUUGAACCCAAGUUUCCCAGUGAACCCUGAGGGUCUUGCCGUGGGACCAGCUGCUUCUGGCCCGAAGGAUGGAUCUUUAAUGAUGGUGGAGUGUGACCUCUACUCGGAUGCCGCAGACGCUCUGGGGAUUGCGACCGGCACGGCACGGCCGGAUAUUUCUCCAUACGCAUGCUUCUACGGAGCCCCCAAACACCAGGUGCUCAAAGUGGGCUGGCUGGACAAGCUGUCACCUCAAGGAAACUGUGUUUUUCAACGGAGGUGGGUGAGAUUUGAUGGAGAGAGUCUGGCCUACUACAACAAUGACAAGGAGAUGUACUCCAAAGGUAUGAUCCUGGCCAGUGCAGUCAGAAAGGUGCGAGGACUUGGUGACAACAAGUUUGAGGUGGUCACCGCCCUUCGGACCUUCGUAUUCCGAGCUGAGAGAGAAAGGGAGCGCCAGGAGUGGAUGGAAACUCUUCAGACGGCCACGCGCCCCCCCGCCUGCGGCUCCCAGACUCGCUCCGACAGCCUCGCCCGCCCCUCCUCCACAAACAAGCGAGGCUUGCUGGAGCUCCGUGGCUACAAAGGCAGACUGCUGGUGUCCCUGGCGGGGAGUAAAGUCAGGCUCUGCAAAACAGAACAGGACUAUAAAGUGGGCCUGGCUAUUGUUGAAGUAGAACUCACGGCCGCCAACAUUAGAGACGGAGACCGCCGGGGCUUUGAAAUCAACACGCCCUUCAAGAACUUCUGCUUCACGGCCGAGUCCGAGCGGGAGAAGGAGGAGUGGAUUGAAGCGGUCCAGGAAUCGAUCGUGGAGACGCUCUCCGACUAUGAAGUGGCAGAGAAGAUCUGGUUCAACGAGGCCAACAGGAGCUGCGCCGACUGUCGCGCCCCGCAACCGGAGUGGGCCUCCGUCAAUCUGGGCGUGGUGGUCUGUAAAAAGUGUGCAGGGCAACAUCGCUCCCUCGGCCCGAGUAUUUCCAAAGUGCGCAGCUUGAAGUUGGACAGCAGCAUCUGGAGCAAUGAGCUGGUGGAGCUCUUCCUGGAGGUGGGGAAUAAGAACGCAAACAGUUUCUGGGCUGCCAAUCUUCCCUUGGAGGAGGAAGUCCACAGCGGGGCUUCGGUGGAGCAGCGCGCCACGUUCAUCCGCAGGAAGUACAGGGAGAGGAAGUACCGGAGGGCGCUGGAGGGCUUUCAUGGCCUGGACGGGCUCAACCAGGCACUGUGUGCAGCCGUGGUGUUGCCUGAAGUGCUGCAGACCAUGGCGCUGGUGUUCAGUGGGGCAGAUGUUAUGUGCGCCACCGGGGACCCGGCCUCCUCAACCCCGUACCUCUUGGCCCAACGUGCCGGACAGAGGCUGCAGAUGGAGUUCCUGCACCAGAACAAACUCUCUGAUUUCCCCAGACUCGAGCAGUGGUCGGAGAGCACCUCCCUGUCCGACGUUUCCAUCUUCAUGGACGGCUUCCUCUACAUCUCCACUGGGCCGGCCAAGACGACGCCGGACCGCCGCGGCAGAGACGACAUGGCACAUCGUUGGUGUACAUUAGAGGGCGGCUUCCUGAGUUACUACGAGAACGAGCGCAGCCCGUCGGCCAUCGGCAGGGUGGACGUGUCCGAGGUGGUCAGCCUGGCUGUCAGCAACACAGAGACCAUGACCGGAGCCGGGGCUGUGUUUACCGUCGAGUUGUACCUGCACACAGAGCGAGUCCUGAUUGUCGGGGCUGAAACACAGGAAACGCAGCAUGACUGGAUCCAGGCGCUAACAAAGGGCUUCGUCCCGUCCAAAGUCGAGGGACUGGUGCAGAGAGACGUGGAGCUGAUUGGCAGACUGCACUACAAAGAAGGCCACGACCUGUACCACUGGAGGGUGGGCUGGUUUAUGCUGGAAUGCUCUGUCCUGCACUUCAGCUCAGGGGAAGAGGACGGGGAGGAGGAGGUCCUCCAACUCAAACAGCUACAGGAGCUCACUGUCUCCAUGCACACAGAGGGCGAGGACAAGAUCCAAGUCCUGCUGAUGGUGGAGGGAGGAAGAACAGUUUACAUCCACGGCUUCACCAAGAUGGACUUUGCACUGUGGCUCUCCGCCAUCACGCUGGCUGCCGGCACCGAUGGCAACGCGCUCAGCGACCAACAGCUGACUAAAAACGGUGCCCCGAUUAUAGUCGACAGUUGCAUUGCUUUUGUCACCCAAUAUGGUUUGUGCCAGGAGGGGGUCUACCAGAGGCCGGGGGACCCUGGUCGGGUGGCCCUGCUCCUGGAGGAGUUCACGCGGGACGCCCGCAAUGUAAAGCUGAGGGAGAAGGAGCACCAGCUGGAGGAUGUGACGGACACCCUGAAGAGCUUCUUAUCCCAAGCAGAGGACGCACUGCUGACCAAGGAGCUUUAUCCAUACUGGGUGUCCGCCCUGGAUGAGGACAACGAGAGGCAGAGAGUCAAGAAGUACUCGACUUUCAUCGAGAGUUUGCCAAAGAUAAACAGGUCGACCCUGGAUGCCGUGCUCCAACAUCUGUACAGGAUUCAGCAGUGUUCCAACCUCAAUCACAUGCCCAGCGUAAAACUGGCCUCCGUCUUCUCCUCCUGCUUGUUCCAGACUCGGGGACAAACCCCACAGGAAAUCAGAGUCGUCCAUGACCUCAUCAGCAACUACAUUACACUCUUCAGUGUCAAUGAGAGCCGCGUGCAACAGAUGGAGAGAGAGAACAGCUUCAUCACCCGCUGGAACGAAAAGAAGGACACCACGUUCUCUCCAGCCGGGGACCUGAUCUUCGAGGUGUAUCUGGAAAAGAAAGAGCCAGAGAACUGCUGUUUAAUCAAGGUCUCUCCGAGCAUGCGAUCCACGGAGCUCGCGGAAACGGCGCUGAGAAUGAGGAACGUCGCCUUCCGCGCCGACGACUUCUGGACCACGUUUGAAGUCAUUGAGAACGGAGAGUUGGAGCGGCCGUUGCACCACAACGAGAAGGUUCUGGAGCAGGUGCUGGAGUGGAGCGCUCUGGACUGCCCGAGAUCUGCUUUUCUCAUCAUAAAGAAGUUCACGUGGGCCAAAACAGUGUCCGUUGAGAAAGACCAAAGACAGCUGGUAAAAGGAGACCAUCUGAAGUUCAGCGACGGAUCGUCCAAACGGCACAAAUUCCAGGAUAAAUAUGUUGUACUGCGUGCCGGCAAGCUGCUGCUCUACAGAGAUAUCAAAGCUACUAAAGCAGAGAAAGUAAUCCAACUUACUUCUGUGAAAUGUUACCUCGGCCUGAAGAAAAAGCUGAAGCCUCCAUCCAGCUGGGGCUUCACAGUCUACACUGAUAAACAACAAUGGCAUUUCUGCUGCGAGACGAGGGAGGCGCAGGUCAGCUGGGUGACCGACAUCGUCGGGAUGACGUACGGUUCUGACUUCUGUUCAAAGGCGGGUAACUCAAAAGAGGCUGCAUAUCUCACAUCCUUCAAAGGGGGAGCUGUGACCGAAGGCCAGAAGAUCACACACCACCGCAACGCCAGCAAGCAGCUGACAGACAAGAGGAUUUCUCUUGUCGACGUCCACCCGAGGUUCACCCAGGACACCACCCUCCCCCACAAGGCACCCACCACAGCCAACUGCGCCAAUCAGAAAUACUUUCUCAAGGCCCCAGAAGUCCAACACAGGAGAACCUCUGCGGAUGUUGGCCAGCCUGGACGGCCACCGUCCCGGUCCCCAUCCAGACACUCCCAGCCCAUGCCUCUGCCCCUCCCCCCUCAGAGUGACUCCAAGACCCUCGGCAGGAAGCCUGUUCCGGGUGUGGAGGGCAUGCUGCCUCCUAAUCUGCUGAGUGAACUUAACUCGGUGCUGAGCAAGACUAGUCGCAGCGCCAAGAUCAACGAUUGACAGGAAGUCAGGAGAAAGAGGUAUGUAGCAUUCAUAAGGGGCGUUGCAUAGCCUGAAGACUGCUUCUGAAUUUGGAUGUAAGGGAUGCCGAUGCACAAGGGGAUGUGGAGAACAGGUGCAGAAGACAUCAGCUGGACACUGCAAAGCGUGAUUUACAUGCCGCUCUUCUCAAACCCGUAGAAUGCUACCAAAGUACGGUCGGCGGUCAAACCCUUUCCAGAAAUGCUCCAAAGUGUUUGCGUCAUGCAUUUACGUCUGCAGUUACUUUGAAAAUGAUGUUUUGACUACAUCUGGAACAUUUUGUUUAUGUGAAUUUUUCUACUGUGGAGUAUAUCUUUAUGUAAACUAUUUUUUACAAGCACUUUUGCUACAGGAGCUACGAAUAGCAUUCCCUAUGUUCAGAAUUAAAAGUGAUGGGGUCGUCCAUUACCACAUUACAAUACUAUGAUAAAAAGAAUUAGGGCCAUUUAGAAUUAGGGACAUUUAGCCAUUAUUGGUGGCUAAUAGGCAUGGUAUGCAAUAUUAGUUGUAUGUUAGUAAGUAUUAUUUAUUUGUAAUUAUAUUUUUUUUUGUUUUUUUUAACAGUUCUUUCCCCUCUGUAACCAUUAGUUGUAUUGCUCCCUGUGUUUUUAAGCACCAAUUUAAACUGUGCACCGGCCGCCACCAAAUGUUAUUUUAAUGCACAGUAUAUAAAUAUAGGCUCGUAAUAAACUUACUUUACUUUUAGUGCAUGUUUCACCUUAAUGUUCAGUGUUUUUGUACAAUAACAAAAUAAUGAACGUUAGACACAUUUUGACACAUUUUGCUAACAUCCCUCAGCGUUGGCUUGUUCUUGCAUGUUUAUUGUAAAAAAAUAAUUUUGCACAUUAAAAUGACCUAUGAAAUCCACAUUAAAAAAGUUUUGCGCCCAUAACAAGUUAGUUGGUUAACCAAAAUUAACUUUAGUAAAAUUGUCAUAUGAAUACAGCUGCAUACAUGAACUUUCACCUCUGCGUUUGGAGCACCUCAGGGUUCAGUGUGUCGCCCAAGGACACUUCAACAUGCAGACGGUAGGAGCUGGGGAUCGAACCAACGACCCCGUUGAUAAAGAAUGAUCCACUCUUCCUGCCCACUUGUUUAACUGAUGAAACACUCAAUUUAAGACUCCUCUCCGCAGGAACACCAUUGAACAUCCACAAAUAAUAACACCGUCAAGUUGUGUAAUAUUGUCAAAUAAAAGGCCUUGAGAGA